GGUUCUCACACAAGUGUUGUCUUUACGAUGAUGAAGUUGAGUUUCUUAGCUUUGAUGGUGGUUUCUGUUUCGGAAAGUGGUUUGGCAGUUCAUUCAAACAGUUUACCGCGAGAUAUAGAAGAUUUCGUCGAUUUGCUAGAUCUAGCCCAGAUUACACGGCUUACCAAUGCGUACUAUGUGAACGAUAAGGAUUUUCAGUCGAUGCUAGAGUACUUGCAGAGCAUCGAGUUUUCCGCCGUGUGGCACGGAUUCUUCAGUUUGGCGAUGAUGCGCGAUGUAGGCCUCUAUCUGUCUCGUGAAGGUGUUCCUUUCUACGACUAUGUUGAUUUGGUGGCAAACUUUAUCGGGCAAACUCCACUGAUCGGUCGGAUGAUAUCACGUCCGCAGAAACCGAAAUACCGUGGCUUGAAGGCUUAUGUUGAGGAGCUGUUUGCUAUGCUACCUUGGCAAGAAUGGCACCGGUUAUACGAUGUCAAGCAAGCGAAUAGUGCACCGUUCAAGGCUUUGGUCAGUGAACUGCAUCGAAUCAAUUAUAUUGAGCUGAAACAGUUUUACGAGGACAGCAAGGAGCUAAGAUCGUUUGUGCAAGUUCUCAGAAGCUAUGGAUUGGACGUAGAAAGCUUUGCACAAUAUUUGAAGAAAUAUUUUUACACUGUGAAAACUGCAGAGAGAUUUGAAGCUACAUGAAACAUUGAUCUACGCUCUCUAGGCGAGGAGAGAUGUAAU